AUGAGUGUAACCAAUGAGUCCCGAAGUAUCAGAUCGUGGUUUCAAUUUACUAGUAAGUCAUCGGGUGUUCAGUCAAACAAUAACAAUGCUGUCAACGGCACCAACAAUACUGUCAAACCUGAUGACGACAAUGACAGUACUGGUAAAGAGCUUCAGUUGGACAGUGCCAGCAGUCAAACGACAAACGGGUCGUCCAAUACCGACAAGACUUUAUUGGAUAGAGUGACCAGUUUUCGGCGGUCACUCGGAAAGGCUCAGAACAAAAAGCAUAAGAUUAGGCCUACGUCUGGAAAGGGACUAAUAAGUAGCGCAGCUGUCGAUCAGUCAAAUAUAGCUAAAAGCAAGACGACUAACAAAGACUACAAGGAUUUGCCACCGAUUUCUACGAUCACUACUCCAUCAGUGAUCACAAGUGGUGGUACUUCUGUUGUCAGUACCAACUGUGAUGACGACGAGAUUUACGGCUUUACGAGCGCUAACUUUGAUUCAAGCGGUAAUAGCUGUACGCGAAGGCAACUGAAAUCAAGUUUGACUUCCAAUACAUGCAAUUCAGGCAACACUUACAGUCCCAACACUGUUAGCACAACAUAUGAGUCAGAAAAUAAUAAAUUGGGUCGACUUAGGAAUGAAGAGCAACGGGAUAGGGAUGAAAGUCAUACCAUUACUGCCAGUACUAACACCAAUGCCGUCACUACCGAUCAUAAAGGCGUCUCACAACAAGACUCACCCGAAUGGCUUAAAGCGGACAAAGAAUUUUCAUUUUAUAACCAACAGAUGCAAAACACUGAUUUGACACGAAGACAUUCAUCAGUACAACACUUGUCAUGGGUGGGACCCAUUGAAACAGAUGAAAUUGAUAUUGAUAGGAUUUAUGAAAAUAUCAGAGAUCCGAUUUUAUCGCGCACUAGUGUCCAACCAAGACAUCACCGAAAUUCAAAUUUAUACACUAAUAAUGUCUUGAAUGACAAUAAUAGAAAGCUCACAAAAGAUAGCGGCUAUGAGUCGGCUUCGGCCGCCUCGAUGUCCAAUUGGGGUGCCGUCGGUGCCGCUAAUUAUUUUCAUUCACGAAACGAUUCAAAUGCAUCUUCGGUCUCAACAAACGGCGGAAAUUUAAGUCCCAGAACAGCUGCCCUUUCUAGCAAAAGUGCAUAUCAAUAUUGUGAUCAGUGGUCAACUGCCAAAUCCACAUCUAAUCUUCAAAUCCAUGUCAGUGCUAAUCGGCGCUCUAGUUUGUCUGGUGCUGGACAUCCCUAUCCUGAUAAUCCUGUUGGCACUGGUAUGCCUGUGUUACCAGCAAAGUCAGUUCCAGGUAAUCUCGACAGAGAUUCCGAUGAAAAUAUAGUGAAAAAAAGAUCUCAUAACAGAAACAAUCCGACGCCAUCUUCAGUUUAUAGUCUAUUAGCUUCAAAAUCUGGUUUUGAUUUUUCACCGGUUGUUAAGUCUAAUCGCAAAUCUUGUGGUCCGAGUUUUAUCGAACACUCGAUUGUCUCAAAAUAUAGCGAACGAAUCUAUUCGAAGAACACCGAAACAAUUUCUGAGUGUAGGAAACCUCGCGACCGAAACCUAAUUGGUUUAUACGCACCGGAAGAUGAGUCACCUCCUCCUACUCCUCCCGUUCGCGACUCUAGUUUGGCCUCAAACCGCAAAUUUAGUAAUGAAUUAAAAGAAAGUGAAACUCAAAGCAAGUUAAUGAAUGACUCGUUAAACAAGAACACCAGCGAUGACGGACAUUAUUACAAGAAUAAUAAGUAUUAUAAAAGAAGUUUUCCAGAGAAACGGGUCAGUCAUAUCGGCCAGUGCUCUAAGAGUCUCAUUAAUCUCAGGUCAAAAUAUGAUGACGGAUCCGAUUUAAAACAAUUCAGUCAAACCUAUCCAUUGCUUCCUGAAACUGAGUUUAAUGACAAAUCAUCUCAAAUGCACGAGUCUUGGUCUUGUGAUCAAUCGGUUACUUCUGGAGUUACAUCGCUGGUAACCACAUCAGACUAUUUUACUGCAUCUUCAUCGGUGAUAACACACUCACCAUCACUAUCAUCAUUGAGCACAACCGCCACCAACACGACGGCAGCUUCUUAUAAUAAUAGUCGCAAUAGUAUUGCAUCGACUGGCAGUUCAUCACAAAUAGCUAAGAGCUCUAAAGUUGUUCAACCAAAGAGAGAGUCGGCCAGUAUUUUAUAUGACAAAUCUAGUUUGUCGUCAAAUAAUGAUUAUAACUUUGAAAAGAGUGAUGUUCCGCCUCCACCGCCACCAAAACUACACAAUUUAAGUGAAUUUCAUAAUAAUGAUAAAGACAUAACUAAUGGCUGCAGCGGUAAUAGUGUUAAUACAAGUACCAGUAGUGUUGUUCGUUCAUUAACUCUGGCCACACCUAAAAUGGUUUCCUCUUCCCAAACAAAAAGAAAAACAUGA